AAUUGAGAAAGAAUGUCUGGUAUUUCAUCAAAGUAUAUAGGAAGAGGAAUCACAAUAUUCUGAACAUCCUGGAGGUUGGAUUGAAUGGUUUUGCGCUCACGAAGAUCAUUCAUUUUUAUGCGAAGUAGAUGAUGAUUUUAUUCGCGAUCCAUUUAAUUAAAUUGGAAUUAAGGGAAAGUUUGCUUUCUACAGGUAAAAUUCACAAAGAUAUUUUAGUGAAGCCAUCAAUAUGAUUUUGCAAUCUACCUCACCUGAAGAUUAAGACUUAGAAGAUGAAAGGUUUUCUUAUUUUACAUCACAAAAGAUUUUUAGAGGUUUAUUAAGAGGCAUCUGACAUUUAUGGUCUGCUUCAUGCCAGAUUCAUAUUUACUUCGAAAGGAUCUGCAAUAAUGCGAGAAAGAUUUUUGUAGGGAAAAUUCGGUCAUUGUCCUCGGAUAUAUUGUGAGAAGCAGAAUGUCAUCCCUAUUGGGUUGUGUGAAGAUUUAAAAACAGCAAGAGUUAAGGUUUAAAAUUAAAUUAAAGCAUAUAGGUGUUUUGUCCACGUUGUGAAGAAGUUUACAUGCCAAAAAAAAAGUGUGCUGAUAUAGAUGGUGCAUAUUUUGGAAAGUCAUUCCCAUAAUUUUUGUUGAUGGUUAAUAUAUCUAUUAAAAUACUUAGACAUAUCCUGAUUUACAUCCUAAAUAUUAACUAUUACCAGACACUUAAAUAAAGGCUAAUUUUGAACCUACUCUAUUUGGAUUCAAAAUUGCUGGUAAAUAAGGCAGUAAAAUUAAAAGGUUUGAAUAAUAAUUGUAAUUCAACCAAAUUAUUACUCAACCUAUUGUUUAAUCAACUGAAAAAAAUGUUCUUUUAUAGGAACAUAAAUAAAUUAGAAUAUAAUAAUCAUAAUAAUAAACAUAGUAAUAAUAAUAAUAAUAAUAAUAAUAAUAAUAAUAAUAAUCAUAAUAAGAAUAGAAUUCAGAACAUAAUCACAAAAAAAAAAAUAAGAAAAAACAUAAAAAUUGA